AUGCAAGCUCCUACAGGUUUUACUAUGCCUCUUUCAACACAAGGUCUACGUUGGAUUGGUUUUUUCCGUUCUGAAAAUAAAAGAGGAGGAAAUAGAUACACCGCAAAAUGCAAAUAUUGUCUAACUGAAUUGAACGGUAAACCUGAAAAGCUUCAUCAGCAUGUUCUUCGGUGUAAUGACUGGCCCAUUCUUGAAAAAACCAACUAUCUUCACAAAGUUGGGGAAGAAAGCUCUUCAUCUCGCAAGCGUACUCAUGAUGAAGAUACUUCAGUCAAUCCAACUAUCCAAGAUGAUGAAAACGUGUCGGAGUCAUCUAUGUCCCAUCCUCAUCAAGAAACUAUUGUUAAAUGGUUCGCGCCAUCCUUAUCUCAAUCACAGUCUGAAAAACUCCAUCAAAAACUUCUAAAAGCCAUGAUUUAUGGCAAUA